UCCAUUCAUUUCUAUGGUCUCUCUAUUUAUUGCCACUGGGCUAAUUACGCUGCCUCGACAUUGCCACUUCAAUAAUAAUAUAAUAAGAAGAAGAAAGAGAGAGCUACGAUUGGUGUUGGUACGCAAAUAUGGGAAGAGCGCCUUGUUGUGAGAAAGUGGGUCUAAAGAGAGGCAGAUGGACUGCCGAAGAAGAUCAAAUUCUCACUAAUUACAUUCUUUCUAACGGUGAAGGCUCUUGGAGGUCAUUGCCCAAAAAUGCUGGAUUGCUGAGAUGUGGAAAGAGUUGCAGACUUAGAUGGAUUAAUUACUUGAGGUCUGAUUUGAAGAGAGGUAACAUAACCUCUCAAGAGGAAAACAUAAUCAUUAAGUUGCAUGCUACUUUGGGCAACAGAUGGUCUUUAAUAGCCGGACAUUUGCCAGGUAGAACAGACAAUGAGAUAAAAAAUUAUUGGAACUCUCAUCUAAGCAGAAAAGUUGAAAGCUUAAGAAUACCAAGCGAUGAAAAACUGCCUCAAGCUGUAGUUGAUUUGGCUAAAAAGGGUGCAUUGAUGCCAAUUAAACAAAGCAGAAAAACAAGUCGAAUAUCCAAUAUGAAGAAAAAUAAAACGUCAAAGAAUUCAAACUUGGCAGAGCCUAAGGAAGCUAAAGAAAAUAGUACUAGUGGACCUUUGAGUGCAUCAGCAGUUUCUAUUCCCUCAACACUAAACAUGGAAAAAGAGGCAUUGUCUAGUACUAUUAGCUCAUGGCUAGAUGGUAAGAACAUGCCAGCUAGUGAUAGUGCCAUGGAUUCAAUGCAAGAAGAUGUAGCAGACGUAGCGGCGCCAAAUCCUAGGGUGGGGUCUAGAGAGUCCCACAGCAGCCUUAGUUCAGAAGAUUGUGAUAUGGAAUGGCUUGAGGAGAUUAUGCCAGACGUGGUCAUUAAUGAUCAAGAUAUGGACCCAAAUUUCAUUUUCAGUAGUUUAGAGAACGGGCAAGGAGAAACCCCUUUGAACGAAACAGGAAAUAAUUACUGCAGGACCACGCACAGAAUUGAUGAACGUAAUAAAACUGUAUCAAGUCAGGAGGCAGUGUCAUCAACAAAUGAGAAAAGCAGAUUAUUAAUGGAGGCUGCAGAUGAUGGUAGACUUGAAUGGGAUUGGCAAGAUGAUCAUGAAUUAGUAUGGCCAGCCAUGUCAUGGGAAUUAGAAACAAAGCAAGAGAACAUAGGGUCAUCAUCAAUUCCUAGUUGGCCUCUAUGGGAUACUGGCACAGAUUUACUUCAAAAUUGUAUGAAUCAUGAAGCUCCUGUGGAAAUUGAUUCAAUGCACAUUAUGAGUGAAAAUGACCAAAACCCUAGUGCCCUUGCUGCUUGGCUUUUGUCUUGAAUGCUAGUAGUUCGUAAGUAGAGAGGACUAGCUAGACGUCCGUAAUUUGAUAAGAGCACUGUGCCAUGAAUAUCACUCUCUUUUGGUUUUAAGAAUGUGAAUUUGGAAUGACUAGUUUAUGUACAUAUUUUAAGAAUCAUGUCAUUGCUUAGAAAUACUGUCAAGUUGAUUAAGUUAUGUGAAUUGAUAUGGUAAUAAUGCUAUUACUAUUACGCCUUUCCUUUUA